UUGUGCAUAGAAAGCUGCUGGCUGUGGUGGUCAAAGGUGAUUGCUAUCAGGGGAUUGUUGCUGGAAAUUACCUGCUGAUACUGGCAGGAAAACAAAAUGGUGAAUGGCAUAAAGCAGCUUGUGGCGCUGUGGAUAAUACUUGAAGAGAGCUAUUUUAUUGCACUAGAAAUCUUAAAUAAUAAUAAUUUUGAAAUGAACUUUCACAUUUUACUUACACGUUUUUGAGUGUUUUAGUCCAAACUGGUCAUCAGCCAGCGUCUAAUUAGGUCAUCAUCGGAGGCCUCACUCCCUUCAUUCUAAUUAAGGAUAAUUACACCAGAGGCAGCCGUCAAAACAAAAGCUACUGUUCCUUUAAAUCUUCACUCGUUUCAAAUUUUUUGGAGCGAGGGAGGGAAAUACAGUGAAAAGGAGACGAAACCACAUUGUCAAGGAAAAGGAGAGAGGAAAAAAGAAACCCACACGUAAACCGACACUCCCCUUGAACACAUGCACCAGCGCACUGACAGUCUGACCAGUGCCGUCCAGCCGCCUGAAGCACAGCGCCCGCUGUUUGCAUGUGUUCACCCCCCUUGGACUUGGUGGGAGGGGGGAGAAGUUUACCCAAAGACCAGCCUGGAUCACUGAGAGAGACGAUGCCUUUUUCCUCCACACCGGUCUCACGAUUCUUCAGUGGAUUUGUUGAUUCCCACAAUUAACCUUGCAAGUUAUUCAUCGGGAGUGGGGCGAGAUUUCGAGCCAGAGGAUGCUCCCACAGGUCAUUCGGAUACUGUAUGUCUUGUCUUUCUGCUUUUUCCAAGGAGUCUUUAUCAGUUAUAUAAGAUCCUAUUGUGACACCAUAAACAAUAGCAAGAAAUCCAAUUGGAUAUGCGUGAGGGUUGAUAGAGAGGUGAUGUUGGUCCCCGAGGGAAAACAAACCCACACAUCCUCCUAUAGCAGCGGACUGAGCUCCUGUAAGGAGGAGAUAAAGCACCCCAGCAGACAAGAGCUUUCACCUUCUGACUUCCUGGACAAACUCAUGGGGAAAACAUCAGGAUAUGAUGCACGGAUCAGACCCAACUUCAAAGGUCCGCCUGUGAAUGUCACCUGUAAUAUUUUUAUCAACAGCUUUGGUUCAAUCACAGAAACGACCAUGGACUACAGGCUCAAUGUAUUUCUACGGCAAAAAUGGAAUGACCCUCGUCUGGCAUACAGUGAAUACCCCGAUGACUCCCUUGAUCUGGAUCCAUCCAUGUUGGACUCUAUCUGGAAACCUGAUUUAUUCUUCGCAAACGAGAAAGGAGCCAAUUUCCAUGAGGUCACUACUGAUAACAAGCUGCUACGGAUUUUCCAAGAUGGCAGCGUUCUUUACAGUAUCAGGCUGACUCUUACCCUGUCUUGCCCUAUGGACUUGAAGAAUUUCCCAAUGGACAUUCAGACCUGUACCAUGCAGCUUGAAAGCUUUGGUUACACGAUGAAUGACUUAAUCUUUGAGUGGCUGUCUGAGAACCCCGUUCAGGUGGCCGAUGAUCUCACCCUCCCUCAGUUUGUGCUAAAAGAAGAGAAGGAUUUGGGCUACUGCACUAAGCACUACAACACAGGUCAGUUCACCUGCAUUGAGGUGAAGUUCCACCUGGAACGUCAGAUGGGUUACUACUUAAUCCAGAUGUACAUCCCUUCCCUUCUCAUCGUUAUCCUCUCAUGGGUCUCUUUCUGGAUAAACAUGGAUGCUGCACCAGCCAGAGUUGGUCUGGGCAUCACCACAGUACUUACAAUGACCACACAGAGCUCCGGUUCAAGAGCCUCUUUGCCCAAGGUGUCUUAUGUGAAGGCCAUUGACAUCUGGAUGGCAGUGUGCCUUUUGUUUGUGUUUGCUGCCCUUCUGGAGUAUGCAGCAGUUAACUUCGUCUCAAGGCAACACAAGGAGUUCAUCAGGCUGAGGAAAAGGCAGCGGCAGCAGAGAAUAGAGGAGGAACUGGUGAGGGAGAGCCGCGGUUUUUACUUCCGGGGUUAUGGCCUGGGUCACUGCCUGCAGACCAAGGAUGGCACUGCUGUGGAAGGAGCCAGCGUGUUCACCCCACCACCACCUCCAAUUACCAUGUUUGACGGAGAAGUGCUUCACAAGCGUUUCGUGGACCGAGCCAAACGAAUUGACACCAUAUCCAGAGCCGUUUUUCCCCUGAGCUUUCUCAUAUUUAACAUCUUCUACUGGGUCACCUAUAAAGUGCUGCGACAUGAGGACAUCCAUGCAAAUUUGUAAAACACUCUGCCAAUCUGGGAUGUUGUAUUUUUGUUUUUUUGUUUUUGUUUGUUUGUUUGUUUUCUCGAAACCAAAACUGCCUGUCAAUCUACAUUACAAUGAGGAACCGUGUCAAAAGGCACAUCUGCUUCUCAGAACCACUGCUAAAAAUAAAAAUGUUGUGCUCAGGUGCGUCUUCAGGAUCUUGGACAUAGAGCAGUCAAGAGAAACUAGAUUAUGCUGCGUGGAUUCAGGCUGUUGUGUGCUUUUCUGUCUUGGAAUACAGCAGAGACGAGACACUAACGGUACUUUUGGGUUGAUGACCUUUGCUUCAAAAGAUGGAUAAUUGAUUUCGGCGAAGUUGGUCCUGGCUGAAUGAGACAUUCUGACUUGAAUUUUGACACUACCCAGCUUUGAAUGAAUGUUUUUGAAAAUAAUUUUUUUUUAAACAACUUUAUCAAAUGGGUGCAAACAGAAAGGGCGGGGAGGGGAAGGGUCUUUGAUAUUUCUGACUAUUCAGUACGUGAUGAUCAUUCAGUUUAAGUAUCUGUAACAAGAAAUUAUAUAUAAUGGUGUAUAAAAGUGUAUAUAUAACAAAGCUGUUCAUUAUACUGCACAAAGCACAAAUAUGUAUUUCCUUUUGUCUAAAUUUAAAUAAAUUGUUAUUCUGCCAGGAAAACA